AUGAUGAACAGUCGAGCCAAUGUACGACCAUACAAUCCUCAUGUACUUAUUGGAAACUGGUAUGAAGAUAGAGUUAUGGAAGAGGAGGUCUUAAGUGAUUUUCUUCAUAAACGUUAUACUGGUCAAUUAGCAUCACAGAAAAUGACUGAAGUUGAACGUAUGUCACAAUCGCUUCCUUUAAGUAUAUCUGGUGGUGAUGGAUUACUUCGUUUUGGUCAUCAAAUUCUUCUUGUCAAUACAUGGACACAUUCAGCAAAAUUUACAGGUGAAAAAUCACAAUUAAAUUGUUGUUUAGCUACUGGUAUUUCUCAUACGACAACUACAAAUGGUGGAACUAAUGAAGUAACUGCUACGGGAACAACAAUGAUACGUCCUAUGCUUCGUACAGUUUUUAUUAUUCGACGAUCUAAUCUUUCAGUUGAUUCUCAACCUGUUCGAUAUGGUGAUGAAAUAAUGCUACAUGAUCCAAAUGGAGAAUUAUUUUUAACUUGUGUUAAAAGUUCUACACGUGCUGGACGAACAUGUGAUGUUAUAUUUACUAAUAAUCCAGGUCGAAAUAGUGUUUGGCUUGUUAUGCAUCCAAGUAUACAUUUACGAAUGGAAUUAGAUGGAUCAGAAGUUAAAAUCGAUGAUAGAAUUGUUCUUGCUCAUGCAUCAACUAAUAAAUGUUUAUCUGUUAAUGAAGAACAUUCAAAUAGAUCAUCAUAUGGACAUGAAUAUGAACUUAUAUGUGAAUUAUCUACAGGUAAUAUUUCAUCAUAUAAUUCGCCUAUACUUUGGAAAUUUCAAACACAAUCAGCAUAUUAA